GAUUUUUCAAAGAAUCUGCCUCCCAGUUAACUUGGGGGUGCAUUUCUUCCUCAUUCACAAGGUCUCUCUUUGAUCUAUUGACUAAACUUUACAGCCCUACUCAGAAUAUAUCGUAGCACACUUUGGUAUAACCAGGGUGGGGGGGAAAGAUCUUCCCAGCAUAACAGAGCAAAGUUACCAAUUAAAUCAAGAAAGCUAUAUAAAUGAUGCAGUCAAACGAAUUAACCACAGGGAUAAAUACUGGUUAUCGAGAGGAGGAGGAAGGAGGAGAGGAGCGGAGUGGAAAGGAGCAGAGAGGAAAGGAAAGGAGCGGAACAGAGCAGAGAGGAGCGGAGAGGAAAGGAACGGAGAGGAGCGGAGAGGACAGGAGCAGAGAGGAGCAGAGACGAAAGGAACGGAGAGGAGCAGAGAGGAAAGGAACGGAGAGGAGCAGAGAGGAAAGGAACGGAGAGGAGCGGAGAGGAAAGGAGCGGAGAGGAGCAGAGAGGAAAGGAACGGAGAGGAGCGGAGAGGAAAGGAACAAAGAGGAGCGGACAGGAAAGGAACGGACAGGAGAGGAGCAGAGAGGAAAGGAACAGAGCGGAAAGGAAAGGAACGGAGAGGAGUGGAGAGGAGCGGAGAGGAGCAGAGAGGAAAGGAGCGGAGAGGAGAGGAGAGGAGCGGAACAGAGCGGAGAGGAGCGGAGAAGAAAGGAGCGGAAAGGAGCAGAAAGAAGAGGAGCGGAAAGGAAAGGAAAGGAGUGGAACAGAGCGGAGAGGAGAGGAGAGGAGAGGAAAGGAACGGACAGGAGAGGAGCGGAGAGGAAAGGAACAGAGCGGAGAGGAAAGGAACGGAGAGGAGAGGAGUGGAGAGGAGAGGAGCGGAGAGGAGCAGAGAGGAAAGGAGCGGAGAGGAGAGGAGCGGAGAGGAAAGGAAAAGAGCAGAACAGAGCGGAGAGGAGCGGAAAGGAAAGGAGCGGAGAGAAGAGGAGCGGAGAGGAAAGGAGUGGAGAGGAAAGGAAAGGAGCGGAGAGGAGAGGAAAAAGUGUUGGCGAAAGCGAAGGGGAAGAAGCGAAGAAGAGGAAAAGAAAAAAGACAACCCAAAAAGGAUAUAUUUGCCUGUACUUCCAACAAACAUAUUACAUGAGGCCAAUUCAUUCUGAUCCUUUCAAAGGAGCUGAGAUUCCUGCCCCUUUCCAUAUAGUCUCUAAGGUCCUGGGAAUCGCCUAA